CUCGGCUAAUGUGUAACAUAACAUAAGCUUUGCCUUAUCUUUGAAAGAAUGUCAGGUAGAUGGAGGGUAUGGACGCGUAAUUUUGCAUCCCUGAGCCAGCAUCGCUUCAACACCAUGAUGAUGUAUAAGGAGAACAAAACCGAGGAGUUCAUACAAGCCAAAUUUGGGAAUGAGCAUUCCAAAUGGAUUCGCAAACGGGCUCGAGGGCUUGAUCGUCUUCAUCGGGAGGGGACACGCCGAGCUGAGUGGAUAAAGGCUGGGGUUCAAGAGAAGCGCCGGAUGGAGGAGGCAGCAAAAAAGGGAAGGAGGGAUGAGAUGGAUAGACAACUUGAUGCAACGGAACUGGUCCUAGAUGUCACCAAAGUUGACAUGCUGAAGGCAGGCGACGUGAUCUUUCAAAUCAACAAGCACCGAUCUAUAGGUGAAGAUGAUCUUAUACCACCGAAAACGCCUGUUUGGAACCUCCACGCUGGGCCAAGGAAGGACUUAUUAAAACAAGUUAUUUCACGGCACCUUAAUCGCCAUUCCAUGGACAGUUCAGCGAUGGAUUAGAUCGACUGAAAUCUCCCCCCUCGAUCUCGCCAUAUAAUCAACUGUUUUGCACCGAUCAAGUAAAGUUGUAUGUUUCCUACCGAUAACACAUCGUUCGUUUUCUUCUUGACUCCUUGUGUUGAGACUAACUGCCGUUGC